AUGAAUAUCUUCUUGGGAAACGGAGAUGGGUCGUUUCCCAAGAAUCCAACGACUUCAAUAACUUGCUCUUCUUUACCGUACUCUAUCGCAGUCGGCGAUUUUAACAAUGACAGUUGGUUGGAUAUCGCCGUCGCUAAUCAUAAUCACAAUAAUAUAGGUUUUUUUUUUGGGUAUGAUAAUGGAACUUUCACAAUAGAAAAAAUUUAUUCAACUGGUGCUUCUCGUCCACUGGCACUAUCGGUUCAUGAUUUUAACGACGACAAACAGUUGGAUAUUGCCGUAGCCAAUGAUGGUACGAACAAUAUCGGUGUACUUUUGGGUUAUGGUAACGGAACGUUUGCAAAUCAGCUGACGUUUUCAACUGGCUUCGAUUCACGUCCUCAUGCGAUCGUUGUUGCUGAUUUUAACAGCGACAAUCGUCUGGAUAUCGCUGUUGCCAACGCUGGAACCAACAAUAUAGGAGUUUUUCUUGGCAAUGGUAAUGGAACGUUCUCAAAUCAAACUACAUAUUCAGCAGGAAGUUAUCCUGUCUCGCUGGCCGUUGGUGAUUUUAACAAAGAUGGUCGAAUGGAUAUUGUUGUAAGCAAUAGUAAUGGUCACAAUGUACGUAUACUACUUGGAAAUGACAAUGGAGUGUUUACAAGUCAAGCCAUCUAUGCAACAGGCUUCGGUUCUUAUCCUAGCUCGGUGGCUGUUCGCGAUUUCAACAAAGAUGAUCGUCUCGAUAUUAUCGUCGCUCAUAGUGGCAAUAAUAAACUAAGUUUCUUUGUCGGACAUGGCGAUGGAACCUUCGAAAAACAAAGGUUAUAUUCAAUAGCUAUUGGAGUCUCCCAAAUGAUCGUUGCUGACGAUUUGAAUAACGAUACCUGGACAGAUAUUGUCAUUGCUGUUGAUAACGCUUCUAAUAUCGCUGUUUUUCUUGGAGGUCCAGAUAAAAACUUUACCAAUCUAACGACAUAUUCAACAGGUGGCAGUGCUUACACAAUGUCUGUUGCCGUGGGUGACUUCAACAACGACGCUCGAUUAGAUAUUGUUGAAGCAAAUUAUCGCAGAGACGAUAUAGGAGUCUUUCUUGGAGAUGGGGACGGAAAUUUUGCUAUGAAAAUUGAAUAUUCAACAGGAUCAGGUUCUCAGCCAUGUUUCGUUACUGCUGGUGAUUUUAACAACGACACUCAAUUGGAUAUCGUUGUAGCCAAUUAUGGUACUAAUAAUAUAGGCAUCUUUUUUGGAAAAGGUGAUGGAAAUUUUUUCAAUCAAACUGUAUAUUCAACAGGAUCGGGUUCUAAACCAUAUUCUGUUGCUAUUGGUGAUUUUAACAACGACACUCGACAAGAUAUUGUUGUAGCCAAUUAUGGCACUAACAGCGUAGGCAUCUUUUUGGGAAAGGGUAAUGGAACGUUUUCAAAUCAAACUACAUAUACAAUAGAUGGUUAUCCUAUAUUUGUGACCGUUGGCGAUUUGAACAAAGAUGACCGAUUGGAUAUCGUUAUAGUCAAUGAUUAUGAUGACAAUGUAAGGAUCUGGUUUGGAAAUGAUGAUGGAACUUUUUCAAUGAAAAUUACAUGUCGAACGGGAUUGGGAUCUAGACCGUAUUCGGUUGCUGUUGGUGAUUUCAACGGUGAUACUCAAUUGGAUAUCGUCGUAGCUAAUUAUGGUACUAACAAUCUUGGCGUUUUUCUUGGAAAUGACGAUGGAACGUUUUUAAAUCAAACUACAUAUCCUACUGAUCGUGGUCCGUGGUCGGUUGUUGUUGGUGACUUGAACAAUGACACUUACCUAGAUCUCAUUGUAGCCAAUAACGGUGAUAACAAUAUAGGUGUGCUCGUUGGAUAUGGCGAUGGGUCUUUUUUGAUCCAAACGACAUAUUCAACUGGAUGGGAUUCUCAACCACAUUGCGUCGCUAUUGGUGAUUUCAACAAUGACAAUAGAUUGGAUGUAAUAGUUGCACUUUACUAUUAUUUCUCAAUAGGUAUUUUUCUUGGAUAUUACAAAUCGCCUUUUACAGUUCCUGUAGUGUAUUCAAGUGGUUUAAUUCCUACACCGCUUGCACUCGCUGUUGCAGACUUUGAUAAUGACAAUCAAUCAGAUAUCAUUGCUGCCAAUAAUGAUGGAAAUGUAGUCAUUUAUUUGAAUACUGCAAAUGGCAGUUUUCCAAGUUCGACAUUAUAUUCAACUGGUUAUUUUACUGCUCUGUCUUCUGUUGCGGUGGGUGAUUUCAAUAAUGACAGUCAAUUUGAUGUCGUAGUCGCUAAUCACGAUAGUGACAAUAUUGUCUUCUUUCUUGGAUUCGGAAAUGGUAGUUUUGGGAGUGCCAUGUCAUACACAACUGGAUUCAAGUCGGGUCCCUGCUCAGUUGCCGUUGGCGAUUUCAAUAGCGAUAAUCGAUUGGAUUUUGUAAAUGUCAAUAAUCGUGAUAGCACUAUAGCUUUAUUUCUUCAUUAUGGCUUUGGAGCAUUUAUGAAUAAAGAAAUAUAUUCAACUGCUUCUGAUAAACCUUCUCGUUCGGUCGGCUUUGGUGAUUUCAAUGGAGAUACUAGAGUGGAUAUAGUUGUACCCAAUCCAAGUAAUUCUACUAUAACUGUGCUGCUUGGAAAUGGCAAAGGAGCUUUUUUGAAUCCAACCAUAUAUUCUACCGGAUUUGGUUCAGUACCGAUUGCGGUUGCAGUUGGUGAUUUUAACAACGACACUCGACUAGAUAUCGUUGCAGCCACUAAUAAUGGCUUCAAUAUAGGUAUUUUUCUUGGAAAUAUUGAUGGAACUUUUCAGAAACCAAUACCAUACACAGAUAAAGAUGUUUUUGAUGUGACUGGACUCGACAUUGGUGAUUUUAAUAACGAUGCUCGACUGGACAUCGUUAUAACAAGCUUCAGUGGCUACUGUAUAUGGGUGUAUUUUGGAAAUGGUGACGGUACAUUUUUGACUCCCAUCAUGCACUCAACUGGCUAUUAUUCGUGGCCAUGGGGCGUCGUAGUUAGUGAUUUUAAUAAUGACGCACGACUGGAUAUAGCUGUAGCCAAUAAGUGGAAUUAUAGUGUAGGAGUUUUUCUUGGAAGUGGUGAUGGAAGUUUUUCCAAUCAAAGCACAUACUCAACUGGAGAGAAUUCAUUGCCAAUUGGGCUCACUUUUGGUGAUUUUAAUAAUGAUAAUAGGAUGGAUAUCGUUGUAGCCAAUUACAAUAGUGACAAUAUAGGCGUAUUUCUUAAUAAUGGUGAUGGAACUUUUAUGGAACAAGCGACAUAUAUGACUGGCAAACAGUCUGGCCCAUAUUGGGUUGCUGUUGGUGAUUUUAACAAAGAUGCUCAAUUGGAUAUUGCCGUCGUUCUAUCUCUCUCUGACAAUUUAGCGAUCUACUUCGGAGAUGGAAAUGGCACGUUUAAUCAUCGAACAAUAUUUGGAACUGGCCCUACAACUUAUCCAUGGUAUUUGAUAGUUUGUGAUUUCAACUAUGAUAACUGGCUUGAUGUAGCUAUCGUCUUGGGAAAUGUUGGCGGUGUUGUUGUAUUUUUGGGCGAUAGAAAUAGAAUGUUUCUAGUAUCUAUAAAAUAUUCAACUGGCUCGGGCUCUGCUCCACAAGCUAUUGCUGUUGGAGAUUUUAAUAACGAUAAGCAUUUGGAUGUAGCUGUUGCAAAUAGUAAGACUAAUAAUGUAGGCGUAUUUCUGGGACGUGGUGAUGGACGUCUUUUAAGCCAAGUAACAUAUUCAACUGGUGCUGAUUCUCUGCCAUGGUCAAUUGCUCUAGGUGAUCUUAACAACGACACUCAACUUGAUAUUGUCGUGGCAAAUCAUAAUAGUGACAAUAUAGGAGUUUUUCUUGGACAUGGAAAUGGAAAGUUUGAAAUGAUAAUAACGUAUCCAACUGAUUCGCUUUCUAAUCCAGUAUCUAUUGUUAUCCUAGAUAUUAAUAAGGAUAAUAAAAUGGACGUUGCUGUUGCCAACAGUUUUGCUAACACCAUAAGCAUAUUUCUCGGACAUGGUAAUGGAACAUUUUUCAAUCCAAUGACAUAUUUAACUGGUUAUAAUUCUCGCCCAGUUUGGGCCGCCGUUGGUGAUUUCAAUAUGGACGGCUGGAUGGAUAUUGUCGUGGCCUCUUCUGGUACAAAAAACUUAAAAAUUCUUUCGAAAUCAUGCUAA